AUGGAGGUGAUUGUCCCUGCCACUCUACUGCUGCUUUUCCAGCUCGGUGCUGUAAGCCCUGCAUCUGAGCCCUGGUCAGUGUGCCCCAGGGGAUGUAACUGCAGAGAAGGCCUCAAGUAUGUGAACUGCACGGCGGCCUCCCUCCACCAGAUCCCCACCAGUCUACCACCAGAUACCGAGCACCUGGACCUCUCCAAGAAUAAUCUGACUGUUCUCCCGGCCAAAGCCUUCCACACCCUAUGGCGGAUGAACAUUCUACUCAUCAGUUCCUGCAAUGUGAAGUUCGUGGAGGACGGAGCCUUCACAGUACUGGAAAACCUUUGGAGACUGGAUCUCCAGAGAAACGACAUCAGACAGCUGGGUGACAAUUUCUCCACUGGCCUGUCCUUCCUCAGUGAGCUCAUAUUAUCUGAGAACAACUUGGAAACGCUUAAUCCACAGAUGUUCCAGUACCUGGACAAUGUAAAGAAACUCUACCUUAAUAAUAACCAGAUCUAUCAGAUCAGGAAUGGGGCUUUCAGAAGUAUGACCAAACUCCGACACUUGCACCUUCAGGAUAACAGACUUGCCUUCUUACACAAUGGAGUGUUCUUCAUGCUUCAGAGUCUGGAGGUGCUGAACCUUCAGGGUAAUAACAUCAAAGACCUUGACACCGGUGUCUUCACGUCAUUGACAAGUCUCACUGUCCUAAAUCUGUCCAGGAAUGGCCUGGUGCGAAUUAAGUUCAAAACAUUUCUGGGCAUUCAGACUUGGGGCACCCACAUUUUGCUGUCUGAAAAUAAUUGGACUUGUGACUGUGAACUGCAGAGGGUUUUUGGGAAGGUGCACAGUGUCCAGCGCCUGAUAGUUGAUGACUACAAUGAUGUGAUUUGCUUGGAGCCGCCUGCCUUAAGGGAUUUACCUUUGGCGUCCGUUGACACUCAGCUAUGCAUAGCAGAGACCGUCACGGUCCUUGUCAUCACCUUCACAGUCUUCAUCACUGUGGUAGCUGCCAUUGUAAUGGCAGAAAGGAACAGGAAGAAACGGACCGGGAAACAUUGGAGCGAGGAGAGCGAAGACUUAGAUUCACAAGAUUGA